AGUCCUUCCCUUCCGUGGGGACGGAGGGAAAGGUCUUUUUUGAAUGUGAGGCUGGAGGCUGGAGCUCUGUCGAAUCGCUGGUGCUUUUCGUGGUUAACCGUGAGUCUCGACAUACACAGGGCCUGCCUCACUUCUUCAGGCUGGGAAAGGUAAUCAACGCCGCACGCGCGCUCCUCUGUCGGCAAAUCAGCUAGCGUCAACGGCGGGACCCGAAGAGGAAGCCAAGCUACCCGAAUGUAUCAUGCUUUCCUGUGAUAUUUGUGGUGAAACAGUAACCUCAGAACCAGACAUGAAGGCUCACCUAAUUGUUCACAUGGAAAAUGAAGUUAUAUGUCCAUUUUGCAAGUUGUCAAGUGUGAACUAUGAUGAAAUGUGUUACCAUAUUGAAACUGCUCACUUUGAGCAAAAUAAACUAGAAAGAAACUUUGAGAAGAUCAACUCAAUACAGUAUGCAAUGUCAAAUAACAGGAAGGACAACACCCCACAGUGUAGAAUGGAAGUUAAUUCCAGUAUUCAUUCAGCUGGUGCGACUAAUCAUCCAAAAAUUUCAGCCCAAAGUCCGCCUAAGGAUAGUAUUUUAAAACAUAAAGCCCUUUAUUCAGAGAACUUAACUGUAUCUACAAAAUUCCUGAAAUGUGAGAAAAAACAGUGCGACCUAUCCAAAAUAAAAGCAUCAGUUUAUGAAACAAUGUAUAGUCCUCCUGAAUGUCCAUUCUGUGGAAAAAUAGAAGACUGUAGUCAAGAAAUGGAAACUCAUGUGAAAACUAAGCAUGCCAAUAUUUUAGACACUCCAUCAGAAGGCAUGGAUAGAGUCCAGUGUUCUAGAGAUCUAGAAUUGGCUCACCAGCUUCAACAAGAAGAAGACAGAAAGAGGAGAUCUGAAGAAUCAAGACAAGAAGUGGAAGAAUUUCAGAAGCUUCAGAGACAAUAUGGUUUAGAUAAUUCUGGAGGGUAUAAACAACAGCAGCUACAAAAUAUGGAGAUAGAAGUAAAUAGAGGAAGAAUGCAUCCAUCUGAAUUUCACAGAAGAAAGGCUGAUAUGAUGGAAUCACUAGCUAUUGGUAUUGAUGAUGGAAAGACAAAAACUUCUGGAAUUAUUGAAGCACUUCAUAGGUAUUACCAGAAUGCUACCACAGAUGUGAGGCAUGUGUGGCUUUCUACAGUGGUGGAUCACUUUCAUUCAUCUUAUGGUGACAAAGGUUGGGGUUGUGGUUACAGAAAUUUCCAAAUGCUGCUUUCGUCGUUACUACAAAAUGAUGCUUAUGUUGAUUGCUUGAAAGGUAUGUCAGUACCUUGCAUUCCAAAAAUUCAAUCUAUGAUUGAAGAUGCAUGGAAGGAAGGCUUUGAUCCUCAGGGUGCCUCUCAACUUAAUAACAGGUUACAGGGAACAAAGGCCUGGAUUGGAGCAUGUGAAGUAUACACACUUCUGACCUCCCUAAGGGUAAAGUGCCAUAUUGUUGAUUUUCAUAAGUCAACUGGUCCUUUGGGUACACACCCCCGCUUAUUUGAAUGGAUAUUGAACUAUUACUCUUCAGAGAUGGAAGGGAGUCCAAAAGUAGUGUGUACCUCUAAACCUCCUAUCUAUCUUCAACACCAAGGUCAUAGUCGAACAGUUGUUGGAAUUGAAGAGAGAAAAAACCGAACAUUAUGUUUACUAAUAUUUGAUCCUGGAUGUCCUUCUCGAGAAAUGCAGAAACUAUUAAAGCAAGACAUGGAGGCUAGCAGUAUCAAGCAACUUCGAAAGUUCGUGGGAAAUUUAAAACAUAAGCAAUACCAGAUAGUGGCAGUAGAGGGUGUUCUUUCUUCAGAGGAGAAAGUUGUAAGCCAGGAGACAAGCAUCUCAAGUCUUUACAGCCGAGAAGAUUCCUUGAAGAAUUAAGCAUUUCAGUUAUUGUGGAAUCUUACUUUAUUUUCCAAAUUCAGAACUCAAGACAAGAAUGAGCACAAGAUAACUGUCAGCAUUUCCAGUAAGAGCUACAGUCGACUUAUGUUGCACCCCUGCCUCACUCCAACCCGUCAAAAAAAGAUGGUGUUGUGGCCAGCUAUAUUCUUUACCUCCUGCUAUCCCAAAACACAUAAAGGGGAAAGGGGAUGAAACCUUAAUUCCUAUCCAUUUUUUAGAGGUUUCCAGCUCCCAUAUAUAUACCAUAUAGCAUAUAUAA